AUGCGGAAAAAACCCUCUUUGGAACUGGAAGAAACCCUAAUCGAAAAUUUGAAGAACCCUUUGAUCUUUGUUCCAUGGAUUCGACGUUUUCAACCUUGGCCACCCCCACCUCCGCCACCUCGCCACCGUCGUUCACCGCCGCCACGUCAUUCGGCCCAUAGGUCCCCUCCUCCGCCCCCCGAAUCGCCGCCAACACCGUCCGAUGCGCAAGCGAGCGAGCUGGGAUCUCCGCCGCACGAUUAUCACCGCUACUGGAUCCCUCCGCCGCCUCCGUCUGGACAGCAAAGCGGAAUGAACACAGGGAAGAAAGUUGGGCUCUUGUUUGUAGGAAUUGUGGCGGUUAUGCAGAUUGCCAUGGUUAGUUUCUUGGUGUUCCAGAGAAACCAGCUUCUUAAGGGCAAUGACAGAUAUGAGAAUUAUUCUUGA